AGAAAAGAAGUGGAUCACAUAUUACUGAAGAAAUAAUAAAUGAUGGUUGGCACCGUGAAAUUACGGUAAAAAAAAAAUUGAUUGUUUAGGGAUAAAAUAUUGCUAAAAAACGGGCUAAGAAAAUUCUUUAUCUAAAAUGGGAAUACUGUACCUACCAAAAUCCGUUGUUUGAUUCCUGGACCAUGCACUUCAAGGAUUGUGAAAAUUUGACCGAAUGUGUAUAUACAUAUCUAGUUGAUGAAAUUUUUUUGAGGGAGGAGGUGAUUGCAAUUGAAAUAAUGAGAACUGGAUCUCAAAGACUGAGACGGUGAAACCCUAAAAACCUCAGCUUUGCUUUGCUUCACUUUAAUUAAGAUAUACCUUGUUUGACCUGAAGGUGCUGAUAUGCGAGAGGAUGUUUUGGCUGGGAAUUUGAUGUGGCAAAACUUGAUCUUUUGUUUCUAACGUACUUGAAGUGUAGAAAUAUAUUGGAAUUGACCUUGUGAAGGUGAUUUGUUGAUGAAGCCAGUGAUUGAUUGAUGAUUAUGAGGAAUUGUUAAAACAGAGAUAAAUCUUGGUGGAGGUAUCUCAGUGGCUGCGUUGACUCUGUAUAUAUACCUAGUGAUAUAUACAGACCGUGGAAUUGGAAAACAUGUACGCAAGGCGUCGUAGUGGUGGGCUGGGAAAUGGGUACAGGCCUAAUGUGAUGGGGAUGGGCGGGGUGGUAGCAGCCUCUCGAAUUUCACCUGAAGGUUCACUUAGAGGUCAUCAGAUGUAUAAUUCCGAAUAUAGAAAUUAUAAUCGCAGUGGAUAUGGACGUGGUGGCCACUCAAAGCCGUUCCAGCCACCCUUGCCACCACCUUGCGAGACUGACAUUUUUAUGGAAGCUGGUAAGCUAGCAGCUGAAUAUUUAGUUACUAAAGGGAUCCUGCCUCCAAAUGCACUUUCAGGAAAGUGGCAAAAUGUCGACUGGAAGAAUCAGAUGGAGGAUUUUAUGCAGAUUUCUAUGGACAGUCGUGGUUCAGUUCAUUCCCGUUUGGGGACAGCUGCUGCGGAUGUAGGUCCUGGCUGGAGAAGGUAUUCUGAUGAAUAUAACUUCAUGGGGUCAAGAAAUUCUAUGAGAGGAAGGAGAAGAACUGGGUCCUCCAACAAUCAUGGUUCAAACUGGAACCCAGAAUUUGUGAGGAGUGGGUCGUGGUUUGAUCGGGGUAGGACUUCACCAGGUAGGGAGGCUGACCGUGAUAUUUCUGCUGAACUUCAGGAUGAGCAAUCUGUUCAAAAAGAUAGUGAUACUGGAAUGCAGAGUUCAUCUGCUGGCGAGAUAACCCAAGAGAGUGACAAUGCAGCUGAUCUUCAAUCGAGCUUAGAGAAAUGCAAUUUACCUCAUGAUGCAGGUGCAAAACCAGGUUCUUCUAGCAAUGAGAAUGAUGUCCCAUCUAAUGAUGAUGUGGAAACACCCAUCAAAGAGUCAGAUGGUAAUUCUACUAUGUCCAAUGAAGAAGCUGAGGAGGAUAAAGAGGGGAGAAAUGAUAACGAUUUGGAGCAAAAACAUGCCGAGAAUAUGAAGGUCUCAGCUUCUUUACAGGACGGCAGUUUAGCAAGUGAGAACAACAUUGACUUGAUGAGGUACUGCAAGUUUGCAAAUGUUCCAACUAAAACUCGUUCUUCGUUGGCAAUUAGGGGUUCAAAGGUUGACGUGGAUACCAUCGCUGAGGAUGAGACCAUGAGUGAUAGCAAACUUUUCAAAGAUUCUGGGGUCCAAGUCAUAGACGUGCCUGUUGAUGGUUCUGCUCUUAAUGCUUCAUGUCAUCGAAGCCACAAACCAAACAGCCUCUCUGAUGUUCUAAAAGCUCCAUCCACGGAGGAAGAUCUAGGUGUUUCACACACUUCCAGGCAGGGGCACUGCUCAAUUCCUGGAUCUUUUCCCAAGAGAUCUAUGAUUAAUCAUCAAGAAAUAGAUGGGGAGUUUCCUGGAUAUGGAAGCAGCAACCCCAUUGUUUUGGGGAGAGGUGAAAAACGACCACUAGAUGAUGACAUUGAUUGUAGGGAGGAAACUAAAAGACCUAAGGAAUGGGCUCCUCCGUUGGAAACUCAGCCUGAAGGCUGCUUGCCCCUUUCCAACUCAAUGGAAAAUCAGCAUACUUCAGUAGAGCCAAGUUCUUCACAAAGUGAGCAUGUAACUUUGUCUACCGAUCAGCAAAGUUCUGAUAUUUCACUGUUUUCCAGAAGUCACAUAGAGUCAAGUGAGUACACAGAAGAAAAACAGUUAUUUCCUGGUUCCUUUAAGACUUGUGACCUCAAUCUUAUAGAAGCUUCUGACAUGAACGAGAAUCGUGCUCCUGAUCCUAUUCUUAUGUUUCGGUCUAUUACUGAAACUGGAAGACAAGCAGCACCUGUAGAUUUUGAUUUGUCCAUGAGUAGUAAUAAUUCCAAUGUGCAUAAUAAACAUGGUAAACGUGAAGUUGAUGAUAAAGACAUUGAAGUGAUUGAUUUGGAAGAUGAUUCCAUGCAAGAAGACAAUACUUUUACUAAUGCUGAGAGAAGGGCUGAUUCUGUAUUUAAUGUGCUGGAUAACUUUCCUGAUAACGUACAUAAUGCCACUGAGAUUCCCAACCACCAAGACGGUUAUGGACUUAUGAUAUCAGAAUUGCUUGGAAGUGAUUCUGUAACCACAGAUCUGAGUGCUCUGCACAAUGAUAUGGACCUUCAUAAUGGACAGGGGAUUCUUGGUGAUGACGAUUCAAUAUACAUGUCCUUUGGAGAAAUACCGAUAAGCUUCAUCAGGCCCUGGGAGCAGCCAACACAAGAUUAUGGGAAACCGUUUUGAGAGGUUAUGUAUCUAGCUGUUUCAUUGUCUUGUAAAAGAUGUUAUAUGUGGUCAUAGUCAUUGCAGAUCUUUAGUUGCAAUAACUUUAUUGUACCAUGUUAUGUCUGCUGUGUUUCAUCUUGCUUGUAAUGGAUUUGAGCAUAUUUUCAUUAGGAGGGUAUUGGGAAAGACAGCAAGUGCUCGCUUUUCUUUUAAUGCUUUUGCUGCACAUAUUUGUUUGAGACACAUCUGAAAAUAGUCUAUCAUAGAACAUAAAAUGUUGUACGAUUCCUUUACUUGUUGUAUGUAUUAAUUGUAUGUGCGAGUUAGAAA